AUGGUGCGCCCAUUUGCCGCCCGCCUGGCGCAGGCCAUACGCCCUCGUCGCGCCCCUCAGUCCCACCCUCCUUUGCACCAGCAACAGCGCUUCGCCUCGUCGACCCCAAGCACGGAGGAGCUCCAGAAAAAGGCCCAGGACGCCCUUUCGUCCGUCCAGAAGGGUUUGGGACAGGCGUUGGAGACUGGAAAGAGGUUCCUUGGUCCUGUUGGAGAGAGGGCGGGUACUCUGCUUGGCUCUUACCGUGAACCUCUGGCGUACAACUUCGCCGUCUUCCGGGAAGUCCUCAAGCAGGUCUACAUCGCUGAGCGCCUCCAGCCUCCUCCCCUCUCCGCGUUCCAGUCCGUAUACGCGUCACUAUGGUCUCGCGCGACCAAUCUCCAGUUCUACCGCGAGCUCCUGCGCUCAGGUGACCUGGCCAAGGUUGGUAUCUAUGCCCUUGAGGCAUACGGUAUCUUCAAGGUUGGAGAAAUCAUUGGCCGGAGAAGUCUCAUCGGGUACAACAUCCAAUAG